CUAUGUUCUGGUGUGUUGAUUGUAGGGGAAAUGGCCGCUCUGAUGCUCGCAAAAGAAGCCUUGAAUCAGAAGUUCACAUCUUUGAGCAACAACUGCACCACCUCCACGCUUCACCUCCAAGGAGAGCUGAAGAAAACGCAAGAAGAGAGACUGCAGUACCGCUUGGAUGAGAUCAAAGCGAACAGAGAAAAAACCACCCUGGAAAACCACUUGCAAAACUACAGGACGGAAUGCAAGGAGCAGUUUGAGAAGUCGCUGCGGGGGAUCAACGAGGUCAUCGUCGAGUUCAACAGCAAGAUCAACAACAUGCGGCCCGAAGCCUUCGCCUUCUCGCUCACCUGCGAGAACCAGCGGCAGCAGCUGGAUCAGAUCCGGCAGAACUGCACCGGCCUGUCCAGCGACAUCCAGCGCAGCUUCCAGACCUACCUGAACACCUUCAGCAGCCGCUUCUCAGAGACUGUGCAGACAAUCAGCGGCUUGCAGGCAGACAACGCCAGGUGGAAGGAGGAGUUCGAGAACUGCAACAGGAACCGCUCCGACAUCGUGGAAGACUGCGAAGGCAAGAUCAAGAAGCUCAAGUCCAAAAACGACAACGAGGUGGAGGGUCUGAUGAAGGAUUUGAAGAAGACUAGAGAGGAGAAAAGUGCCCUGGAGAGCAAUGUUUCGGGGUACACUGCGCAGGUUUUGAAUCUGAAUAACCAGGUGCAGACUUUGAAUGCCUCACUGGCGACCUGCUGCCCAAAGCGGCCGCCGGUUUACAACCCGUUUCCAGUUAAGCAGAAUGAGCCGGCAACGUCAAACGUUUAUGGAGACGUCAAGUCAUAUCUGAAGGAGCUUCAGGAGUUUGCAGAUAAGAAGUCAGAUAUUUCCGGCUGAAGCGUCAAUCAGGACUGCAAGAAUAGUGACUUCACCUCACGAAAGCACCCAGCCUUCACCGCCUCCUUUCUGCAGAUAAUCUCCAGGACUUCAUAGAACAUGCUUCAAAACUAACAGCCUUGUCAGCAGUCUCACCCCGGAUAUGAUUUCUUCUGUGCUUGCCUUGCCUGUAAAGUGUGGAUCUUUGUGCACCGCUAGGCUAGAUACUGUUUGAGUGCUGCAUUGUGUAUUUCAAUUCACCAAUUCAAAUGCUCUGAAAACUUCAUGAAAUAAAUGAAGGGAAUGCAGAGCAAUGUGCAGCAUGUGCAGGGUAUUGACAUGAUGUUUCUGCAGGAAAACAUUUGGAGAACAAAAAAGAAAAUGUGCAUAAAAUCAGAAAUUAAUGUGCAAGAUGUUUAUUUCUAGACUUGUAAAUAUUUUUGUCCUGUGCUUUCAUUGCAACGAGCCCAACAGCUAACAAUAAACAGCAGCGUUAAUCAAAUCUGAAGUCCCUUUCACACUGGCAUUUCAAACAUAAGAGGGAGCAACAGGUAGAGAAUGCUGAUAUUUACCAAGGGCAUGUGUCGCAUUUUGAAAUAAGGACUUUGUCCUUCUAGAAAAAACUUUUUUUCUAAUUUUUGAGGCAGAAUCUUUCCAAGUAGUUUCUUCAGAAGCUAUUUUGCAUCUGAUGGGUUAUUCCUUUCCAGCUCUGUUUAGAUCGAUUGAAGACAGGAGCCCCAGGAGUGGAUGCAAUUAUAUGAACACCACUAGUUUCCUGCUCUGCAAAAAAAUUCAUAAUUCAUAAAAUAAAAUGUAUUUUAUUUAACAUCAUAUAAUCAAAGAAACUACUCAAGUCUAUCAGAAGCAAUUUUUCAAUUUUUUGUAAAGUAGAUGGAAAAUUACAAAGAGGAACGUAAUUCAAUACAUUAGAGUAACAUUAUUCAGCAGGUUUCAUUCGCCUAUAAAGCAAUGCGAGUUAAUUCUAGACGGGGAUGCAAUACUUCUGUCCAGAGCUGUAACAUCACCCUAGUGAUGCUGGAUGAAAGUAGAUGUACUGAGGAAAUUGAAGUAAAUGAAGCCACGAUAAAGGGAAACACUGCUUUUAUACUCUAAACAAUGUCGUUUUCAGCAUGAAGGCCAGGUAAGAUGCAUUGACAUGUUUACAACUCGGAAACUUAGAAGAACACAAUAUUUAUUCAAGGCAGCGAGCUUGUCAGGCAUCUGAGCCAGACGGAUGGGUGGGAGGUAUACAAACUGCACUGUUUAUAAGAGAAAACAAUACUUCCCUCACAUGCUAGCACACGGAAAUCCCAACACUCGAGUCACGGGCACAGCAUCUAUACAUUCAGGCAAGGAAGGAACCAUCAACAAUACGUGGGAGCCAGUGUAUAUUACACCACUCAAACACACCUGGCUUAAGAGUAAGUCUAUAGAACAGUGCUAUAAUAUUUCAUGCUGCAUUAAGGAGGCUGUGUGGUCCAGCAAUUAAAGAAACAGUUAUACCCGGGAGGUCUCGGGUUCAAAUCCCAGCUCGGUCACUGACUCACUGUAUGACCUAGCGCAAGGCACUUGUGCUCCGUCUUUCG